GGUCUUAAAUGUCAACGCUAGAUGUGGUCUAGUCACUCUAAUGGCUUACCGGAAGAAGAUGUCCACUACUCCUCCACGAAAAACACGAAAACGAGGCCAUCUUGGAGUAUGUUCAAACUUCCAAGUAACCUCACUGAAAUCCGGAGCAUUCGUCUACCCAGAUGCAACCUGUACGCAUUGUUUGUAUGGACGUCAACCGUUGUAGUGUUGCUUGUGACAGCAAGCGAAUCUCAUCCAUGCAAGAGCAAACUUUCGUCACAAAUAAUUUCUUACAAGAACUGUGUUCCUAAAAGGAUUCUCACACGACAGUGCGUUGGGAUGUGCUCAACAUUUACCCGCGUAGAUCCGAACAAUCCAAGUGCCUUUGAAUGUUCGUGCGUCCAUUGUAGAGAAAUGAAUAUCAGAUACAGGAAGGUAAAAAUAACCUGUCCAAACGCUGAUGGCUCAAGAGCAUUUGUCAAGGAGACUCUUGAAAUACCCGUUCCAACGAAUUGCUCGUGUAAAGCGUGGAGUGAAGAACUUUAUCAUCAGGAUGGAUAAGGGAAUUAAUUGAAAUUCCCAAAAAUAAUCAUUGUCAAGGACAUCCCAGUUACUGACAGAUAACUUGGAAUCAAUGGCCGACAUUGAUGUGCACACAAAACACACGACGACGUAGGGAAUUUUUCAGACUAGAAAGGAAAGGAGCCCCCUUUCUCUGCCAUUCUUCUUUAUCGAAAUCCCUAAGAUGUUGUCUCGAAUGAAUUGCAUAAUGCGACGUUGAAACAUAGCAGACAGUAUUGUGAACCAGGAUUCGAAGAGUUACAUAUUAUAGUCUCUUAUUGCUCAAAGCUAUAUGUUAGUGGCAUUACACUGAAUAAGAAGCUUUGUGAACUGGUGUUUUAUAUGUGCGAGCUUUUUAAUAUAUUAAAAUUACCAUUGUUUGUUUAAAAUGAUGUAAUUAUUAUGAUGAAACAAUACAGUUACUGAAAAUGAACAAGUUUAUUUUGAUAACGCUUAAAAAAAUACUCAAACAUAAGAGACUUCAUGCACUAUCAGAUGAUUAAAAAUGGAAUACAAUAUAAUGCCUAAAUGCUACAAAACAAUCGUAAUGCUACAUAGAAAACAAAAUAAACAUGUACCAAGAAGGACGAUAAUGUAUAAUAAAAUAAUAAUACAAUAAAUUCAACGACAGAGCCAAGUGAUGUGUUUUGGUGCCUUUGUAAUCCCUUAUUGUGUACUUGACCUUUGACAUAAGGUCAAAUCUGAUUGGGCAUUAUUAUGGCGUAUUAAGGCGCAAUAGUUUGUGUUUUUUUACCAUUCCUACAUGUACUUGUGAAAUGAAAA